AUGACACCCCUUAAGGGCCGUCCUAUCUCUUUUGAAUUAUAUAAUGCUGAUAAUAAGACCAUUUUAACAGACUUUAAAAACCUUGCAGAGAUACUAAGGUUUAGAGCAACAAAGAGCAAAAACAAAGCAGAUAAUGCAUUUUUGCUUGUGGAUUCGCGUGGAAAGGAGCCUGUGAUGUUAAGUUGGGAAAAAUUAAAUGCUCGUGCGGAAAAGAUAGCCCAAACUUUACGUAAUAGCAGUAAUAUGAAAACUGGAGACCGAGUUGCCCUGAUUUAUAGAAGAUCUGAAAUUCUUGAAUUUAUUCCAGCCCUAUUUGCAUGUUUUUUAGCUGGCAUUGUAGCUGUACCUAUCAAUGCUGCAGAGGACUUGUCUGAGCUUUCAUUUAUCUUAGCAGUGGCCAAUAUUCAUUUAAUUUUAACAACUGAGCAUAAUCAUCGUGCAUUUACAAAGGAUAUGCAAACAAAAUCGAUUGAUCUACCCUUUAAUGUUAAUUGGUGGAAAACAAAUGACAUGGGAACUUGGUAUCCUCCUAAGAAUUCUUCCGAUUAUCCUCCUAUUCAUACUCCCGAAGCCGCCUAUAUUGAGUAUGCUAAAGCAAGUAAUGGAGAAUUAAAGGGUGUCAUGAUAUCACAUGCUUCAAUUAUGGAGCAAUGUGCUGCUUUCCAAGCUGCUACAACGGAAACAAUCGUAAACACAACAUCCAAUGGUAAUGUUGAAGUAAAACCAAAUAGGAACGGCCAUCCGUCUGAAGUCGUUGUAAGCUACUUUGAACCAAGACAACAAAUUGGAUUGGUUCUUUCUGUACUACAAUCUAUCUAUUCAGGCAAUACAACUAUAUUUUGUAAUGGAUCUAUAGUCGACACUCCAGCUAUCUGGAUAUAUGUGAUUUCAAAAUAUAAAGCUACUAUGGCAUUAGCAGAUUAUAUGUCUAUGAAACAAAUUACGAACUAUUUUCAGUCUAAUACCAAAGAGGUCAAGCUCCAUAGCAAAAAAGUGACACCCGAUCUUUCAGCACUUCGCUAUUUAAUUAUAGAUACAAGCACGAUUCAACCUGAACUUAAUCAGUACAUUGCAGAUAAACUUCUUCGUCCAUUAGGUAAUACAGAUAAUCCCCUAGAAGUUGUGUGUCCUAUUCUAUCUUUACCUGAACAUGGUGGUAAAAUUCUUAGUAUGAGGGACAAUCUGGGGCCUGUAGUUAUGGAAGAACACAUUGAAAGAGAGGAAGAGAUUACGACAGAGGAUGGACAACAGAUGACACGUCCGAUAAUGACUACACAGUCUGUAUUAGCUCCGGGGGGAUCUCGUGAUAUAUUUACCUGUCUAUUCGAUGCGAAUGCAUUAAGAAUGAAUAAAGUGUUAGUUGUUGCAGCUGGAGCAGAGGCCAAGAAAGCAGAAAAUUUAAAUGAGCGGGAAAGAGUUCGGGUAGAAUCAUUCGGUUUUUGUAUGCCCAAAGCUACUGUUGCGAUUGUUGAUCCUGAAACAGGCACCCUCUGCCCACCAGAUACGUUUGGUGAAGUCUGGGUUGAUUCACCCUCUAUUGCGGGUAGUUUUUGGGCCUUACCAAAACAUACAGAUGCUAUUUUCCGUGCUCGUCCGAUUAUUAUGCCCUCAGAUUCAUCUUAUCCUGAGGUCUAUGAGGGGACCUUCUUACGAACGGGAUUAAGUGGUACCCUUAUUGGUGGUCGAUUAUUUAUUUUAGGAACCUAUGAAGAACGUAUUCGUCAACAGAGCUUAGGUAGAGACUUUGGUGUAGAGGAUACUUACUAUACGAAUGACUUAUUAAAUACUCUUAGCAAGCGUACUCAUAUUGAUCAAUGCACUAUAUUUGAAAUUGUUGUAAAAAAUCAGCAUCUUCCUAUUGUUGUAUGUGAAUCAAAUGCCCCAAAAAAUGAACUGACAAAGAUUGCAUCUGAAAUUGAUGAAGCCUUAAUAGAAUUCCAUGGAUUAAGGGCUUAUGCUAUUACAUUCAUUAAAGAAAAUGGAUUACCUAAACAAUUAAUUCAUGGUCGACGAGUUAUUCAUCCUUUAAUGACAAAGAAACUCUUUCUUCAAGGCCAACUUCGUACUCGAUAUAUUAAAAUGGACGUUGAUCGUACUAUUUUUAAUCUAAUAGAAAAUGAAGAACCAUCCAAGAGUAUCUGGUUAUCUGGUGCAGCAUACGAAAAGGCGAUAAGAACAGGAGCUAUUAUGCCACAUCCUCAACGUCAGCAUACAGGUAUGGAGCAGGUACAUCAUGUUCUUGAUGAGCGUACAGAAUAUGAUAUUUCACAAUUUACAAAUAUUAUUGAUAUCUUACAAUGGCGUACAUCUCAAUAUCCUGAAGAAACAGCCUACAUUGUCUGUACUCAGUCAGGAUCCAAUACAAAUACAAAGACAUACAGCUGGCGAAAGCUAAAUUACAAGUCUGCAAGUAUCUCUGCCUAUUUAACAAAGAAGGGGUUGAAGCGUGGUGCAAAAGUUCUGAUAGUUACCCCCUUUGGUAUAGAUUAUAUCUUUUGCAUUUAUGCUUGUUUAGCUAUUGGUGUUGUCCUCGUUCCAUUUGAGCCUGUAGAUCCUCAACAGCAGCCUCAGCGUGUCAAUGAAUUUUCAGAACAGUUGAUACAAGUUGCCAAUGAGCUUGGUAUCUCAGCGAUCCUUACUAACACUGGGGGUGAUGAUAUUUUACGUAAUAAUGCUAUUAAAUCAGCUAUAAAGAACAAGUCAUCUAAAAACUAUAAACUACCAGAGAUAAUUAAUGUCUCUAAGGCAUCUAAACUCUACAGUCUCUUUGGGAAAGAGAGUGGAUUUGCAGUUCAUCCAAGCUGGGUUAAUAAUUCAAAUAGACAUUCUCCAACUAUUAUUCUUAUCCAAACUUCGUCAGAUGGACUUAGAUAUUAUACUCACUUGAACCAUGAUACAAUUCUAAAUCAAUGCCGAACUCAAAAGAUGACAUGUCAAAUGCGAUUCCAACGUGGUAUUGUGACUACAAGUCUUGGCACUUAUGAAGGAUUAGGAUUUUUACAUGCAGCAUUCUGUGGUGUCUAUGUCGGUUGUCACACAGUCUUAAUUCCUUCAGAAGACUUUUACCUGAAUCCAGUUUUAUUCUUUGAAUCACUUCAACGCUAUAAAACAAAGGAUGCAUUCGUAACAAAUGCUUUGAUUCAGUUUGCAAUGAAUCGUAUGAAUGUGAAUGACUGCAAACAUAUUACGCUCAAAGGUGUGCAGAACCUUAUGCUAGCUAAUGACAACAGACCUAAACCAUUACUCUAUCAACAUAUGACAAGAUACUUUGCUCGACAACGAUUAGAUAAGGAGUCUAUCAAUACUAUAUACAGUCAUAUUGGUAAUCCCAUGAUCACCACUCGCUCUUAUAUGUUGAUGGAGCCUAUUGCCUUAUUUGUUGAUCCAUAUUGGUUGAGACAGGGCAUUGUUCGAGCAUUGAAUCCAGAGGAAGAACCAUAUGGUAUUCUCUUGAGUGAUUCAGGUAUUGUCCCCAGUAACACUAUGGUAGCUAUUGUAAAUCCUGAGACACGAACGGUUUGCCCAAGUAAUGUUAUUGGCGAAAUCUGGGUUUCUUCAGAUAGUAAUGCAAAGACAUUUUUCGGUUUGGAUGAAGCCGCUCAUAACCAACGAUUUGAAGCUACUAUUGUUGGAAAUGAUCCAAAUGUGAAGUAUAUGAGAACAGGUGAUUUUGGGUUCUUAUGGAACGUGAGAAGACGAGUAGAUAAUAGAAUGAUGCAACCUAUGUUAGAAGAGGGUCAAUGUUUAUAUGUAUUAGGUCCUUCUAGUGAAGCAGUUAUUCGAAAUGGCUUGUUGCAUUUCCCUAUCGAUAUUGAAUUAUCAAUAGAACGCUGUCAUCCUUCUAUUCCUCCAGGUGGGAGCGUUGUAUUUCAACAUAGAAAUGAAAUUGUUGUUGUAGCUUCUAUUAAAAAUAAUGACCAUGCACUAUCAGCUAUUCCCUUGAUUGUAAAUGCAGUUUUGGAAAAUCACUUAUUCUUAAUAGAUGCUGUCGUAAUCGUCCAUCCCAAUAAUUUCCCUCGAUCAAGAUUUGGUGAUAAACUAAGGAAGAAAACGAUGGCAGCAUUUAUCGAAAAGAAACUGUAA